CAGACACUCAGGGGGCUCAUUGCCUUCCUCCUCCUCCUCCUCCUCCGCCUCUUCGGAAACGGGAUGUGAUGUAAAUACACAGAAACUUUUUUUUCUGUCCCUCUCUCCUUGGUGUAUGUCUUCUUCUUUCAACAAACUGCUGCGUUAAAAGUAGAAUAAGAGCAAAAGAAGUAAAGUAAAAAGUCGCGUAAGUGAAGCAUCCGGGAGGUAGUUUUGUCCACCAUGAUCCUGUGAGCUCCUACGUCUGUCUCCGACAACAAACUCAAGAGAAGCCGGACUGCACUCUGAGAAAAACGAAUCGAAGCGGAGAGAGGCUCGCUGCUGGUGUGGACCCGGAGGGAAACUGCGGACAGAGAUGUAGCGUGUGUGUUGGUGUGAUCGGCGGACCAUCAUGCACCUCUUCUUGCUGCUGAUCCUUCAAGCUACAGCAGCCAUCGGACAGAUUGAUCCCGCACACUGUCGCUACCCCUUGGGCAUGGAGGAUCGACGGAUCAAAGAUGAUGCGCUCAAAGCAUCCAGCCAAUGGCACGAAACAACAGGACCACAGUACGCCAGGUUGAAUCGUGAGGAGGGAGACGGCGCCUGGUGUCCUGCAGCGCUGCCAUCAGUCAGUCAGUACCUCGAGGUGGAUCUCGGCAGACUCACCUUUCUGACGGUUAUUGGUACUCAGGGACGAUAUAUCAGGAACUCUGGGAAUGAGUUUGCCCGAGAGUAUCGCGUAAACUACAGCAGGGACGGCAAGCUGUGGAAGUCCUGGAGGAAUCGGCAGGGGAACGAGAUUAUUGAGGGAAACAAAGACGCCUACACCUCUGUCAUAAAGGACCUCCGCCCUCCGAUAGUCACCCGCUACGUCCGGCUGCUCCCCGUGACCAGACUGUCCACCACCGUCUGCAUGAGAGUGGAGCUGUACGGCUGUUCAUGGGACGAUGGGCUGAUAUCCUACAGCGCUCCAGAGGGUCAGCGGAUGCAACCGCCGGGUUAUCCCAUCGCCAACCUCAAUGACUCCACAUAUGAUGGAGUACACGAAAGGGGGAAGCUUUUCGGCGGCCUGGGUCAGCUGACGGACGGCGUGAUCGGCCAAGAUGACUUCACACGGACCCACGAGUACAGCGUGUGGCCUGGCUACGACUACCUGGGCUGGAAAAACGACUCGCUGGAAUACGUGGAGAUGGAGUUCGUGUUCGACAGGCAGAGAAACUUCACCUCGAUGAAGGUCCACAGCAACAACAUGUUCUCCCGCGAUGUGAAGAUCUUCUCCUCGGUCUCCUGUUGGUUUAAGCCCCACUUUGUAUGGGAGGCGGAGCCUGUGGAGUUCAGGACGGUGCUGGAUGACCGGAAUCCGAGUGCUCGCUACGUCACCGUGGAUCUGAACCACCGCACUGCCAAAUCCCUCCGCUGCCACUUUUACUUUGCUGACGUCUGGAUGAUGUUUAGCGAGAUUUCCUUUCAGUCAGUGGAUACCAUAUUCCUGACCCAAAUGACAUCUCCUCUACCCACUAAGGACACCAUCACAACACCUGCACAGAAGACAGCCGCUGCUCCAUCAGCUAGUGCCACACCAGAUGAUGGGAAAACACCCAUCCUUAUUGGCUGCCUGGUAACCAUCAUCCUUUUGUUGGUCAUCAUCAUCUUCCUCAUCCUAUGGUGUCAGUACGUCUGCAAGGUAUUAGAGAAGGGUCCACGUCGGAUUCUUGAUGAGGAGGUGACGGUCCGGCUGUCGUCCUGCAGUGACACCAUCAUUUUACAGACUCCACCUGUGCCCCCGCGCUCUGGACGCGCCCCGACUGGUCCUGUGAACACUGACCCUCACUAUGAGAGAAUUUUCCUGUUGGACCCUCAGUACCAGAACCCAGCGGUGCUGAGAAACAAACUUCCAGAGCUGUCACAGAGUGCAGAGGCAUCUGCAUGUGGAGGUGGCUAUGCUGAGCCAGACAUCACCCAGUGCACGCCGCACCAGUGUUUCCAUAGCAAUGCGCCACACUACGCUGAGACGGACAUCGUGCGGCUGCAGGGCGUCACUGGCAGCAACAUGUACGCCGUCCCCGCCCUCACCGUGGACUCUCUCACCAGGAAGGACAUCUCCGCUGCCGAGUUUCCUCGGCAACAGCUGAUCUUCAGGGAGAAGCUGGGGGAGGGGCAGUUUGGCGAGGUCCACCUGUGUGAGGCGGAGGGACUCCCAGAAUUUCUUGGGGAAGGCUCGCCCCUCCCUGACCGAGACGGUCACUCUGUGCUUGUGGCUGUUAAACAGCUGAGGGCCGACGCUACCAGCCAAGCCAGGAACGACUUCCUGAAGGAAAUAAAGAUUAUGUCUCGUCUGAAUGACCCCAACAUCAUCCGACUGCUGUGUGUGUGUGUGUCGUCCGACCCACUGUGCAUGGUUACUGAGUACAUGGAGAACGGAGACCUCAACAUGUUCCUGUCACAGCGGGAGAUCGAGAGCACUCUUACACAUGCCAACAACAUCCCUUCAGUCAGCCUGUCUGACCUCCUCCAUAUGGCGGUGCAGAUCUCGUCGGGGAUGAAGUACUUGGCAUCUCUGAACUUUGUGCACCGUGACCUGGCCACAAGAAACUGCCUGCUGGACCGCCGCCUCACCAUCAAGAUUGCCGACUUUGGUAUGAGCCGAAACCUGUACAGCAGCGACUACUACCGUAUCCAGGGCCGGGCGGUGCUGCCUAUACGAUGGAUGGCCUGGGAGAGCAUCUUGCUGGGUAAAUUCACCACAGCCAGUGACGUGUGGGCCUUUGGAGUCACCCUGUGGGAGAUCUUCACUCUGUGUAAGGAGCAGCCCUACAGCCUGCUGUCUGAUGAACAGGUCAUAGAGAACACUGGCGAGUUCUUCAGGAACCAGGGCAGACAGAUCUUCCUCUAUGCCCCUCCACUCUGCCCACCUUCUCUCUUUGAGCUGAUGAUGCGUUGCUGGAGUCGCGAUAUCCCUGACCGACCCACCUUCGAGGGACUUUACCAAGCCCUGAAGCCCCACGUCAACCAGUGAGUCAAGGCUGCUGGGAUCUGCUGGUUGGGAUUUCCGUGGCGGUGGGACUCUUAUAAGAAGACAGACUGACACAAAAGCACAGAGGACUGGAAUUACAGUGCAGAGGGAUUGUUGGUUUGCUUCACGGCACUAGCGACUCCCUUUUCUGAAAGACCAGGUGAUGAUGGAGGGAGACGUGACUAGUCAGCUCAGAGGAGAAAAUAUGGCAAGCUUCAGACCUUUUGGUCCAUAGUGAACAAACCAUUGGCAGUUUCAUAGCUUCUUCUGUUUUUUUACAGCCGCUUUACCCCAAGCCUUUUGACUUGUUUGUGCCAAAAGUUGCCUUAAACCAUUUGUUUCCUUCUCUUUGACUUUUAGAGAUUACAAAAAACUGGAUAGUCCUUGUAGUUUCUCCUUUCCCUGUGGGUUUUUAUUAUUAUUAUCAUUAUUAUUAUUAUUAUUAUUGUUAUUAUUAUUAUUGUAAAGCACUGUGUCUGUGUCUCUCAGUUAUUCAUGUUCAUAUAUUAAUCCACACUGGAGCUAGGGCUAUAGGGUCAGAUUUUAGUGUAGGAUUUUAUUUUUUAGAUUUAUUCUAUUUUAAAAUUUUGUUGUUUUGUGGAGUUUCACAAUCGUUGGUCUUUUUUUUUUGUGGAUAUGAAUGUUGGUCAGCUGAGGUUCACGUCGCGGUGCCAAGAAGCUGAAGAAACCUGUGUGGCUCACAGACUGAAAAUCAGUCGGUGGGUAUCUGUGGGAAAUUCUGAAAAAAAAGAACUUAAAGCCACAUGAGAAAAAAACUGAAUCAUGCCACUUUUGUUCCCUAAGAGACAAAAAAAAUGUUGAAAUGCAGUUUUAAAAUAAAAACAGAAUUGUAAGCAUCUUUGUGAAGAUGGGCAUGAUGGUCAAAAUUUAUGAUCCUUUUAUUCAAAGUGCUUUGCAUAUGUAGCAAAAUCGGUACCAGAGGGAAAGGUCAUGGAUGCCUGACCCUCAGAUGCUGGUCACAGGGAGAUUAACCAAGUGUCGAAUACCAAGGUGUCAUUUAACCUGUCGGUGUUUGUCUUUGGGGACCUGCAAAAUAUACAUUUUGUGGAUAAAAAAAAUCAAAAAGCAUAUCUGAUUUAAACGUGGGCACCACGUGGUCAGAGUUUAGUGCACACCAGCAUGCAAAACAUUAAAAAAGCAGGAUUUUCACUCAGCACUUGGUUUGUCCUCUCAAAAUGAAAUUCAGGUUCAUUGGUCACACACGUCAGUGACACACAAAUGCAAAUCUGAUAGUUAUGAGCCCUGCUUAGGCAGCCCAUCUCUGUGGGGAGAUUUAAAACAGGUAUCCUUUUUGAUUUUUGAUGGGCAUUGUGGAACUUUAUGAAUGCACCUUGCAUAUCUCCUUAUUUGAACUCACAAAGCUGAAGGUGUUAAGCUCUUCUCUGGCUUCAUGUAGUCGGUUUUAUUCACAGAAAUAAACUGCAGUAAUACUUACUGCAUUGCUGCACAUGUAGAUGUCUCACCAUUUGAUAUGUCUAGUCUUCUGUAGUCUGAAUUUGCUAGGAUUUGAACUCCAGACAAGGCAUUUUGUCUUGACUUAAUGUACCAUCUACAUUUGGGGCUGUGAGUUCCCAAACUACUGCGUUACAACAAGGUUCACUGAUGAGUGAAAGCUGAUAGACUGUGGGCAAAUGGAGGCCUAAAAAAUGUUUUAAGUGCUUCCAACACUGAGCAGGUAUUUAACCGAAGAGCGCCCUGCAAUAAUAGUUCAUUUUCUGACCCUGUGUAGUGGAAUAACCCUGUGGCAGAUUGUACCAUUUUAGUUUAGUUUGUCCGUAGCGGAGCCUGUUCCUGAAGUUAUAUUUAAUCAAAUGUAGGUGUAAAGACUAAUGUUUCAGCUCAGAGGAUCUGAUUACACGGUUCAUAUUCAAAGGCACGCUGGUCAGGAGAUCAGUGUUAGCUAUCAGUGUAUGUUUUACAUGGGGGCCACUUAACAGGUUCAUGCAUCAGAGAAGUCACUGCAUCCAAUCACUGCAGCACCUUUACUGAAAAAACGAUAAAGAUUUUUAUGUUUAAAAAGCAAUGCAUUCAUUCUGACUUUGUUUUGCAUAGCAUUCAGAUGAGUCUUGUUUACAGAACUAAUGCUGGAUCGAUGCAGACUGUAGACUGGAUUUAUUGUUCUUCUGUCAGGAUGUCUUAGGAGUAAUAAACUUUUAACAAAAAAACCCCAAAACAAUAAAUGUUUCAUGUCCAAAUGUUUCACGAUGAUUUCAGCUUCAGCCAAAACUGACAAACGAUACGAGCGUUGGAAUUUUCAUGAUUCUGUCUCAUCUUCAAAGUGUUGGCAUUAACUUUAAUCCAAGUAUCAGUCCUCACCUUCCUUCUUGCAAGAUUAAAAAUGUAUAACCGAUAAGGAAGUUCAUGUCGACAGUGCAACGAUUUAAGCGAGCAGUUACAGAUAUAAGGCCAUACAGAUUCAUAUAGAUAGGUGACCAUAGCCAGUGAGUAUUUUGCACAACCUGACAAGGGAGGGAUGGAUCUGACUAUGAAACUGAGGGAUGGGUCGUAAGGAAGGCCCGUUUGCAUAAGCAAAGCAUACCCUGCUUUAAGUCCAGUUAACUCUAAAUGAACCGUAGUUUACAAAAUAAAAUUUGUGCUGAAUUAGGUCAGACUAGAAACUAUUGAAUAAGACUAUAAACUACCUGGGAAAGUCUUUACUUCACAAAUGAAGUUAGCUGAAGAGAGAUUCUCAUAGACUUCUGUACAAUCAGACUUUUUGCCACUAAUGGAGUUUCCUCUGGGAAAUGGGAGGUUUGAGGUACUUCUGUGUUCUGUGCCUCAUUUUUCAGACACAGAGACUCUUUCUGUCUUUUCUACAGUCUGUGGAUGGUAGCGGACGGUGCAGCCUUUUGACUAACUAACUCAAGUGAUGCUGAUAGUGGCUAUCAUGUUAGUAGUAGCAAGAGCCGCUUUGCCCCCAUGCUUCCUGCACCAUUCAUUUUAACAUGACUCAAUAAACUUCUGAUGUGUCUGUUUUCAGAGUUCUUGUCUAAUGUAUAAAGGUGGUAAAGCAUAAUUUAAUGUCUUUUUUUUUUUUUACUGUUUAGGUCACUCAGUUAAUGUCAGUGUGUAUUAUUUGUAUGCAGUACACAUUUGCAGUAUUUUAAAUCCUCCCUGAGAACAAAUCGUAUAAAAUUAAAAAUGGCACGAACGGAGAAAGACCAAACAUGUAGAUUUUUGAGUACAUUUUUCUGUGUUUUGUUGUUGUUGCAGUAGUGUUUUGUUAUCUGUACUGUAUCUUACAUUUCUUUCAGCGUGUUUGUGCGAGUGUUUAAGAGAAAGUGAGAUACUGAGUGAGUCUUUUCAACAUUCCCUUGAGCACUGGGAGCUAGUUCAGGUUAAAGUGGUUAACUGGAUUUGCUCGGUUGUGCCAAAUUAUGUUAACUAAGCAAAAGAGGGAGUUGGGUUUUGUUGUUGUUGUUGUUGUUGUUUUCAAGGCAAGAGGAAAGAUGGACAGAAGGAAACCACUAAACUCAAUCUCCCAGAGUCCUUUGCUACAGUGAGCCUGUGUAUUUUGUUUUGGUUCCAUUUGAGAAAUCUUUUAGUUUGAUAGUGUACAGUAUAAUUGGUCUAUAAUAUCUCAGUGUGUGAAUGCAGAUUAGGUGUGGUAAUUUUUAUUAAUAAUUAAUUGUCUAUCUGAAUUUAUAGCUAUUUCUGUUUGUUUUCCCUUUUUUUUUUUUUUACACAGGAAUUCAGCAUUUAUGGACAUUUUUCUGAACAAGAUGUUCUGUUUUGUUUCCCUGUUGUGUUCACAGUAAUUUCUCAUCCACACUGUUUAAUCUUUGCUCCCAUCUUCAGUAUGUUUCAGACACAUAUUGUACAUAGGCUAGUAGCUGUUUAUAUUAAUAUAUAGGGAGGAGGAAGCUUGGUGUUCUCUGGUCCCAAGUGGUUUUCACUCUGUACUUUAUCUCACUUUGGUUUGUUUUCCUAUAAUAAACAGUAAAUGUGUCAAA